AAACAAAUCAAUCAAUUGUUGGCUUCACUCAUUCACUCAAUCGCCAUCUCAUCUCAUCCAACUUCAUCUCACACAUCUCCCUGUUGUUGGCUCUCUCAUCCCCAUUCUCACACACUCACUCAUACACACACCCCGCGAUGGCCGACCUCACCAUCCGCAACCUCACCAUCACGCCCCUGGAGCUCAUCUCCGUCCAGCGCUUCCAGGGCGAGAAGAAGCGCACCGGCAACGUCGUGUCCAACGUCACCGGCGCAAUCUCCGGCUUCAUCAACGCCACCGACUUCUCCGCCCACCACAUCCUGCCCAAGGGCGACUCGCACGACGCCCGCGAUGUCUCCUUCCACCUGGACCCCUUCCGCACCGUCCGUACCGACGUCCGCACUGCCGAUCCCGCCGGCCGCGAGGUCCUCCGGCUGACGUUUCGGGCCGGCGACCGGCGGUAUGAGACGGAUGUUCCGAGUCCUUCGCGCAAGUCGGCGGUGAUGACGAGGAUUGAUGGGGAUGACGACGAUGGGGAUGAUGCUUUGGAUCUUACUGUUGUGUAUGUUCCUACGGGUGCCUUUCUCGCCAUCUUCUCUUCGGCUAAGCUCCAUGCUUGGAUGAAGCAGCUGGAUGACGCCUGGCCUCUGCCCAUGCUCUCUAUCCCUGGCACUCACAACUCGCCAACAUGCCACACUGCCCUGCCCUCAGUCCGCUGCCAGUCUGCUGGCGUCCCAGAGCAGCUCCAAAACGGCGUGCGCUUCCUCGACAUUCGCGUCUCCGUCAACACAGACAACGACACCCUGGCCCUCGUCCACUCCGUCUUCCCCGUGUCCCUCACCAGCGUAAAGUACUUCCCCGACAUGGUCGACGACAUCUACCGCUUCCUAGACGCCAACCCCAGCGAGACCAUCCUCAUGAGCAUCAAGCGCGAGGGCGCCGGCCGCGGCACCGACCAGCAUCUCAGCCGCUACCUCAAGGCCGGCUACGUCGACAAGCACCCGGACCGCUGGUGGACAGAGCCCCGGAUCCCGAGCCUAGGCCAGGCAAGAGGCCGCAUCAUUAUCGUCCGCCGCUUCGGCCUCGACGAGGAAAUUGCGCGCACGUGCUGGGAUGGGUGCGGCUGGGGCAUCGACGGCCAGCACUGGCCGGAUAACUGCGAGGACGGGACCUGCGAGGGCGGGCACAUCCGCGUGCAGGAUUUCUACGACGUCACGGAGAGCCAGAACAUUGAGCGAAAGAUUGACUACAGCCGCGGUCAGCUGGAGCGCUCUGCUGAGCGAGAGUUUCACGUCGUCGGGCCUGACCAUGAUCAUAAUCCUGAUGCUGCGCUGCUGCCUAUCUUUGUCAACUUCCUGAGCGGGAGCAACUUCUUCAAUGCUACGUGCUGGCCUGAGAGAAUCGCCGCCAAGGUGAAUCCUGCCAUUGUUGAGUAUCUCUGCAUUCGCCACGGCGAGGACGGCAAGGGGCCUAAGCAGCUCAAGGUCGGCGCGGCGAGCACUGGUAUUGUCGUCACGGAUUGGGUGGGUGCGAAUGGCGAUUGGGAUCUUAUUAGGUGCAUUGUUGGCUGGAACGCGAGGUUACAGCUCCCUUGAAGAUGAUUGAGUCGAGGGUAAAAAUGGAUGAUACAUUGUGGUUGUUUUUCUGUGUUACGAGCUUUACAUGGAACAUGGUUCGGAGUGGCAAGAGAAGAGUUCAGGUCACACGAGCGAACAAGCGGAUAGACUAAAUAGUUCAAAACUUGGGUAUAUUAUUAUUGUUAUGCAUAUGCUACACCAGUGUGACACCAUGAGCUUCUAUUACCAGCAUGAACUAGAAUAGAAGCUCAUGGUAUCCCAGCAUCAUAGCAUGUCUGCGGGCAAGCAAACAACACCAUAGCUCGGAUAAACAUCUCGCAGCUUCAUAAU